AUGCAGCGAAAUGAUGAGCUUUGCAGCGUGGCAGCGCUCCUUCAGCAGGUUGCGGCAGAGACGGCCGCACCGCCAGCAGACGACAGUGGCGAUCGUGCGCUCCAGGAGCUGCGCCUGCGCGCAAAGGCAUCUUCAGCUGAGUUCGCAACUCCUCCUGCCUCCGUAGUCGAGAAGGAACUUCCGAAGAGUGAAAUCUCCAGCGCAGUCGCUGCCUUCCGAGAGUCUCUGCUUGGCACACUGGGGCCAGCCUCAGGGAACGGAGCUUUCGGAGAAGCGGAGGCCAGAUCGACCUCGAAGGUUGCAGCUGAAGAGGAAGCCAAGCCUAAGGCGGAGGAGCCCUCGGAGCAGGAUCUGGUGAUCGAGUCCGUGAAGCGCGCAGAGCGGCCUGGGCCGACUUCCUGGACUUCUCGUGCAAGCACCCUGAGAUCUUCUCGGGAGGCCUCCAGACGCCCGGGAGGUUUCUUCCCAAGCAAGCGAGCCUGGGGCAGCUCAUCAGGAGGCUCCACUACUUGUGCAUCUUCGGCGUUAGCCAGCAGCAGGUCGAUUUCAUUUUCUGCACGACAGGUGGAGUCAGAAGCUUCAGACCUCACAGCAGGUGAGGACGGUUUGGCACUGGCAGGGACCCCUUUGGCUGCCAUCCGUCGACGACGCAAAGGCGCCCAAGAGCGCGGCGAGGAGGCUGACAUCCGAGACUUGCUACGUCGCUUCGAAGCUGGUGUCGGACAGGAGGAGACUUCUCAGACAGAGUCCGGCCCUGCUCCGCGACCUAUGACCUCAGAUGUUUAG